GCGAUGGAGAAGUGAGACAUUGCGCGACGUCUCUCGGCGAAUGGUCGAGAGACGGUAGUCGUCGGUGCUCGUCAUUCGCAAGCAUGAGCGCUCCACGUUUGCCGACGACGAACUCAGCUCCAGCUCCUAAUGGGCUUCAUUUUCCAGUGAGAGAAGAAGGCAACGAAAACGAAAAACCACCGUACAGUUAUGUUGCUCUCAUCGCUAUGGCCAUAGAAGCUUCGCCGGAGAAGAAAUUAACACUCAGUCAGAUCUACAAGUUCAUCGACGCAAAAUUCCCCUACUACCGUGCUGCCGAUCCAAAACGUCGACAAGGAUGGCAGAACAGCAUUCGUCACAACUUAUCGCUCAAUGAUUGCUUUUUGAAAAGGGCGCGAGAUGGUAUGAGCCAUGCAAACGAUCGUAAAGGAAAUUACUGGACGCUAGCCGCUGACUGUACACCUAUGUUUGAUAAUGGAAAUUAUAAACGAAGGAGAAUCAAGCGCACUCCCCCUUAUGCGGCUCGAUUCUCAUCAGUGGUUGAGAAUAACCAGCUGUCCUACCUCAGACAAUGGCAACUUUCACGCAUGCAUGGAGCCGCUGCACUAGAUCCAAUGCACAUGAUGCUAAUGGGAGGAAGCAUACCGUACCAAAUGCCUACGGACUUAUCGGCGGUGGGGAUGCCAACAUUUGAUCAGUCCGGUUCAUCACUAGCUGCGCAGCCGCUACCCACAUACAGCAGUGCUUUCUUUCCAACAAGUACAAGCGGAAUACUGACACAGGACACGAAAGCAAUCGAAGUAAAGCAGCUCAAUAACAGCGAACCAGAGAUUCCACCUCCAGAACAGCAGUACAUGACUUCUGUGAACAAAGGGCUCGAUACGACAUUAUACGCAAAUGCAGGCCCAUCUACAAUGGCAGCACUGAUGCCCGGUUACGGUAAUGCCACACCGUGGUCUCUUCCUACGAUAAAUUCAUUUUCGGAUCAAGACACUACCUCAUUGUACCCAUAUAAUGGUAAUGUAUAAUUACAA